GGAGGAGGGUUGGUUUCGGACUCUUAGCAGCAGCAAGCUCUCACUAGUAGAGAGGCACAACGUAGUGGACAUCAUUGCAACCCGACCCAGCGUAUUCGUGCUACGGUCGUGAGUCAGUGACGUUCAACUUUCAACUUAGUUCGCUUCAAAAUCCCUGGUUCCGCUCGCUUAGAAUGUCGCCUCAGACGCCACUUGAUUUCAACUCGGGCCCCAUGGUUUGGAUUGACUGCGAAAUGACUGGACUCGACCCUAGAAAAGAUAAAAUCUUAGAAAUUGCGGUAUUGAUCACAAAUGGUAACCUGGAGCUGGUCGAUGAACGAGGCAUCCGGUUCGUUAUCAGGACUGAUAAGGCAGUUUUGAAUUCUAUGGACGAAUGGUGCAGAAACCAACAUGGAAAGUCUGGUCUAACGCAAGCCUGUAUAAUAUCGCCCCACACGAAAGAGUACGUUGCAAAAGCUGUUUUGGAGUACAUCAAGAAAUGGGUGCCACAACAGCGGACCGCGGUUCUAGCUGGAAACUCAGUCCACGCAGACCGAUCAUUUUUGGUGCAGGAGAUGCCUGAAGUUAUUGAAUGGCUUCAUUACCGGAUCGUUGAUGUAUCAUCAAUAAAAGAGUUAUGCCGUAGAUGGUACCCAGACAAUCAGGCUCCGAAGGACCCAUUAGCAGGAAAACAUAGAGCUUUGGAUGACAUCAUGGAUUCCAUCGAAGAAUUAUCAUGGUAUCGCCAAAAUAUCUUCGUUCAACCUGUGGCUAGGAAGACACGUUGAUAAGUGAAUGGUGUACACUUCACCCAGUCAUAAAGAGAAUGUGGUUCGUGACGCUCACGUCCCUCAAAAGUUCCAGAUAGUAGACUUUUCAUAAUGCGAAACCCAUAAUUUUUGUCUCACAUAAGCAUUGGGUUGGUCUCAUCAUACGUAGGUAGGGUGCAUGCAAGGGGCAUAACUUAAGCGGGGCCCCAUAGCUUUUAUUUUG